AUGAUCAUAAUGGACAUAUUUGAUACGGCGAGUUGGUGGACUUUGGUCAUAGCUCUUCAGGUGGUUGUUGGUUCUGCGUACUUGUGGAUGAAAAGAUUUAAGAAGCCCGAACUACUUCUGACCAAAGAAAAGUUAUUAGAGUGGAAACCAUUGCCUUUAGUGGAUUACAAUUCUACAGUUGAUGAUCCUCCCGUGAUGGGGAAAAUAGAUGAAAAUGUGUUAAAUGUUGGUGCUACAAGUUUUCUAUGUUUAGAUAAGGAGCAAUCUAUAAUGGACCAUGCUGUUAAUUCUCUGCAUAAAUAUGGAGUAGGGUCUUGUGGCCCCAGAGGUUUUUAUGGCACUAUAGAUGUACACCUAGAAUUAGAGGAAAGACUAGCAAAGUUUUUACAAGUUGAAGAGACGUGUGUGUAUUCAUAUGGAUUUUCAACAGUAUCAAGUGCCAUCCCUGCAUACGCUAAAAAGGGAGAUAUUAUCUUUGCAGAUGAAAAGGUAUGGUUCGCUAUUCAAAAGGGCUUAGAAGCUGCUCGGAGUACUGUGAAAUUCUUCAAACACAAUGAUAUGGAUGAUCUUGAACGCCAAUUACAAGAGGCCGCUGAUAAAAAGCAAUUGAAUCCGAAAAGAAGAGCAUUCCUCGUUGCUGAAGGAAUUUACCUGAAUACAGGUGAAAUGUGCCCCUUAAGACGACUUGUCGAGCUCGCAAGAAGGUUUAAACUGAGGAUUAUUUUGGAUGAAAGUUUAACUAUUGGGGUGAUUGGCAAACAUGGUAGAGGGCUGACUGAAUACUUAAAUGUGCCUAGAGAUGAAAUCGACCUAAUAGUUGGAUCUUUAGAGCAUUCUUUUGCAACAAUCGGUGGUUUUUGUGCUGGAACCCAUUUUAUUGUAGAACACCAAAGAUUAUCUGGAUUGGGUUACUGCUUCAGUGCGUCGCUUCCUCCAAUGCUGACGCAGGCGGCAAUAUCCGCGCUCGACAUUAUGGAAAAACAACCACACAUAAUGACAGAGCUUGAUGAUAACUCCAGGAAAUUAAAUAAGGUCCUAAGCAGUUUGAAAUACUUCACAUUCCGUGGGUCCGAAGUUUCACCUAUCAAACACAUAUAUUUAAAGGACAAUCUAACGAAUGAUGUAAAAACUGGACACCUCAAAAACAUAGUUAAUUACUGUCACAAGAAGGGCGUUGCGAUGACGGUGGCUGCAUAUCUUCGCGAUAUCGAGGUUAAUUGCCCGGACCCAUCCAUAAGAAUCGCAUCCAGCAGAAAGCUUAACGAUGAAAAUAUUACCUUAAUAUGUACCUUACUUGAUGAAGCUUAUGAAAAAGUUGGGCCUAAGCUUGGAUUGAGUUCAUAA